AUGUCGACACCUUCUCGAUUACGUUUAAUGCGUGAUUUCAAACAACUACAAAAAGAUCCUCCAGCUGGUGUUACCGGCGUGCCAGCUGAUGAUAACAUUCUUCUUUGGCAUGCAUUUAUAUUAGGACCUCACGAUACGCCAUUUGAAGAUGGUACAUUUCGGUUAUUAUUAGAAUUUACAGAAUUUUAUCCAAAUAAACCACCAGUUGUCAAAUUUACAUCAACAAUGUUUCAUCCAAAUGUAUAUGCUGAUGGAGGAAUUUGUUUGGAUAUUUUACAAAAUCGAUGGUCACCUACAUAUGAUGUAUCAGCCAUUUUAACAUCGAUACAGUCAUUGCUUGAUGAACCAAAUCCAAAUUCACCAGCAAAUAGUGAAGCAGCCAAUCUUUAUCAAACAAAUCGUCGAGAAUAUGAACGCCGUGUCAAAUUAAUUGUCGAACAAAGUUGGGUAGCUGAACAUACACUAGCGAGUUCAAAAGUACCAGAUUGA